AUGCCUGCUCCUCCUACGCCCUCGGGCAGGCUCCCUCCUCUCACCCGCCUUCACUCCUUCCUCUUUAGAAUGGGGGUAGCACCCACCUCAGAGGACACAGUGGGUGAUGCCUGCAUCAGGAGCAUCAGUGACUUGUCACUGCAGCUCAAGAACCGGGACCCUGAGGAAGUCAAGAUCAUCUGCCAGCGGCGAAGCCAGCUCAACAACAGGUGGGCGAGUUUCCAUGGCAACCUGCUCUGGUACCAGCAGCAGCUCGAAGGGGCCUUGGAGAUACACGUGUUGUCCCGAGAGCUGGACAAUGUCACCAAGAGGAUUCAGGAGAAGGAAGCCCUGAUCCAGGCCCUGGACUGUGGGAAGGAUCUGGAGAGCGUGCAGAGGCUGCUGCGGAAACACGAGGAGCUGGAGCGGGAAGUGCACCCCAUCCCGGCCCAGGUGGAGUCCCUAGAGUGUGAAGUGGGCCGCCUCUGCCAAAGAAGCCCUGAGGCAGCCCACGGCCUCAGGCACAGGCAGCAGGAGGUGGCUGAGAGCUGGUGGCAGCUCCGGAGCAGGGCCCAGAAGCGGAGGGAGGCGCUGGAUGCCUUGCACCAAGCUCAGAAACUCCAGGCAACGCUGCAGGAAUUGCUGGUCAGCGCCCAGAGGCUGCGGGCUCAGAUGGACACGAGCCCCGCUCCUCGCAGCCCUGUGGAAGCCCGGCGUAUGUUAGAAGAGCAUCAGGAGUGCAAGGCCGAGCUGGACUCCUGGACAGACAGCAUCAGCCUGGCCCGAAGCACUGGGCAGCGACUGCUCACAGCGGGGCACCCCUUCAGCUCUGACAUUUGCCAGGUGCUGGCUGGCUUAGAACAGGAGCUGAGCAGCCUGGAAGGGGCCUGGCAGGAGCAUCAGCUACAGCUGCAGCAGGCCCUGGAGCUACAGCUGUUUCUGAGCUCAGUGGAGAAGAUGGAACGUUGGCUUUGCAGCAAGGAAGACUCCCUAGCCAGUGAGGGUCUAUGGGACCCCUUGGCCCCCAUGGAGCCCCUUCUGUGGAAGCACAAGAUGCUGGAGUGGGACCUGGAGGUGCAGGCGGGAAAGAUCAGUGCUCUGGAGGCCACGGCCCGCGGCCUGCACCAGGGUGGGCACCCCAAGGCCCAGAGUGCCCUGGACAGGUGGCAGGCCAUGCUUCUGAGGAAGGAGGCGCUCUUCAGGCAAGCCGGGACCCGCCGCCAUCGCCUGGAGGAGCUCCGGCAGCUGCAGGCCUUCCUGCAGGACUCCCAGGAGGUGGCUGCGUGGCUGAGGGAGAAGAACCUGGUGGCCUUGGAGGAGGGUUGGCUGGACACAGCCAUGCUGCCAGCACAGUUACAGAAGCAGCAGAAUUUCCAGGCGGAGCUGGACGUGAGCAUGCACCAACAGCAGGAGCUGCAGCGGGAGGGACAGAGGCUGCUGCAGGGGGGCCACCCAGCCUCGGAGGCCAUCCAGGAGCGACUGGAGGAGCUGGGAGCACUCUGGGGUGAGCUGCAAGACAACUCCCAGAAGAAGGUGGCCAAGCUCCAGAAGGCCUGUGAGGCCCUGCGUCUGCGGCGGAGCAUGGAGGAACUGGAGAACUGGCUGGAGCCCAUCGAGGUUGAGCUGAGAGCCCCCACUGUGGGCCAGGCCCUGCCUGGGGUGGGCGAGCUCCUGGGCACACAGAGGGAGCUGGAGGCAGCAGUGGACAAGAAGGCCAGGCAGGCUGAGGCACUGCUGGGCCAGGCCCAGGCCUUUGUGAGGGAAGGCCACUGCCUUGCCCAAGAUGUGGAAGAACAGGCCCGGCGGCUGCUUCAGAGGUUCAAGAGCCUGAGGGAGCCCCUGCGGGAGCGCAGGAUGGCCCUGGAGGCCCGGAGCCUCCUCUUGAAGUUCUUCAGGGACGCCGACGAGGAAAUGGCGUGGGUGCAGGAGAAGCUGCCUCUGGCCGCUGCCCAGGACUAUGGCCAGAGCCUGAGUGCGGUGCGGCACCUGCAGGAGCAGCACCAGAACCUGGAGAGUGAGAUGAGCAGCCACGAGGCUCUGACCCAGGUGGUGCUGGGCACUGGGCACAAGCUGGUGCAGGCUGGGCACUUUGCCGCCCACGAGGUGGCCGCCCGGGUGCAGCAGCUGGAGAAGGCCAUGGCCCACCUGCGGGCAGAGGCGGCGCGGAGGCGGCUUCUGCUGCAGCAGGCUCAGGAGGCCCAGCAGUUUCUGACUGAGCUCCUGGAGGCGGGAUCCUCGCUGGCUGAGCGGGGCCAUGUCCUGGACAGCGAGGACAUGGGCCACAGUGCUGAAGCCACACAGGCCCUUCUGCGGCAGCUGGAGGCCACCAAGAGAGACCUGGAAGCGUUCAGCCCACGCAUCGAGCGGCUGCAGCAGACAGCAGCACUCCUGGAGAGCAGGAAGAACCCAGAAAGCCCCAAGGUGCUAGCCCAGCUGCAGGCAGUUCGGGAGGCCCAUGCAGAGCUGCUGCGGAGGGCGGAGGCCAGGGGGCAUGGCCUGCAGGAGCAGCUGCAGCUACACCAGCUGGAGCGAGAGACCCUGCUCCUCGACGCCUGACUGACCACCAAGGCGGCCACCGCCGAGUCCCAGGACUACGGGCAGGACCUGGAGGGUGUCAAGGUGCUGGAAGAGAAGUUUGAUGCUUUCAGAAAGGAAGUGCAGAGCCUGGGCCAGGCCAAGGUGUAUGCCCUGAGGAAGUUGGCAGGCACCCUGGAGCGGGGUGCACCCAGGCGCUAUCCCCACAUCCAAGCCCAGAGGAGCCGCAUUGAGGCCGCUUGGGAGAGGUUGGACCAAGCAAUAAAAGCCCCCACAGAGAACUUGGCUGCAGCCCAUGAGGUCCACAGCUUUCAGCAGGCAGCGGCUGAGCUCCAGGGAAGGAUGCAGGAGAAGACGGCCCUGAUGAAGGGAGAGGACGGAGGCCACAGCCUGUCAUCUGUGCGGACCCUGCAGCAACAGCACAGGUGCCUGGAGAGAGAGCUGGAAGCUAUGGAGAAGGAGGUGGCACGGGUACAGACGGAGGCCUGCCGACUGGGCCAGCUACAUCCUGCAGCUCCGGGGGGCCUGGCCAAGGUGCAGGAGGCCUGGGCCACCCUGCAGGCGAAGGCCCAGGAGCGAGGCCAGUGGCUGGCGCAGGCUGCACAGGGCCAUGCCUUCCUCAGGCGCUGCCAGGAACUGCUAGCAUGAGCACAGGAGAGGCAGGAGCUGGCUGAGGACUUGGCGGGGGCUGAGCAGCUCCUUGGGCAGCAUGAAGAGCUGGGGCAAGAAAUCAGGGAGUGCCGCCUUCAAGCCCAGGACCUGCGGCAGGAAGGACAGCAGCUGGUGGACAACAGCCACUUCAUGUCUGCGGAGGUGACAGAGUGCCUGCAGGAGCUGGAAGGGCGGCUGCAGGAGCUGGAGGAGGCUUGGGCCCUGCGCUGGCAACGCUGUGCCGAGAGCUGGGGCCUGCAGAAGCUUCGGCAGAGGCUGGAGCAGGCUGAGGCCUGGCUGGCCUGCCGGGAGGGCCUCCUGCUGAAACCCGACUAUGGGCACUCAGUGUCAGAUGUGGAGUUGCUGCUGCACAGACACCAGGACUUAGAAAAGCUGCUGGCAGCCCAGGAAGAGAAGUUUGCCCAAAUGCAGAAGACAGAGAUGGAACAGGAGCUCCUGCUGCAGCCACAGGAGCUGAAGCCCGGGAGAGCUGGCAGCUCGCUGACAUCCUUUCAGUGGAGGCCCUCUGGACACCAGGGGCUAGGAGCACAGCUGGCUGAGACGAGGGACCCCCAGGAUGCAAAGGGUACCCCCACCAUGGAGGGGUCUUUGGAGUUCAAGCAGCACCUGCUGCCUGGCGGGAGGCAGCCUAGCUCGAGCUCCUGGGACAGCUGUCGCGGGACCUUGCAGGGCAGCUCUCUGAGCCUGUUCCUGGAUGAGAGGAUGGCAGCGGAGAAAGUAGCUUCCAUAGCCCUCCUUGACCUCACGGGAGCCCGGUGUGAGAGGCUGCAGGGCCGCCAUUGCAGGAAACACACAUUCUCCUUAAGCCCAGAGUCUGAGCCCGGAACUCAAAGCCAAACCUGUCAGCUCUCUGAAUGAGUGCACGACCAAGGAUGCCCGGC